CUUGGUUGUACGAGAACUACAAUCCACGAAAAGAUUCAAACACCGGUGCUCCGAAAUGCGAGAGUAAAUUAUGGCUGUCAAUACAUCAGUUGUAACAAUUGUAAUCUCUUUCUACUCGCUCCUCUCACCUCCUUCAACCUGUUCUCUUAAUCAAUUCGUUCGUUUAGAUCAGGAAUUCAAUCCGCAGGGGUAGACUAGUUGUCCGCUACCGCUCACCGUCUAGUCCUUUCGUCAUCAUUAUGGGUGUACAAGAACACCUGUAGUUAUCUUACGUACGUACGUACCUACGUACGUAGACGUACGUACUCCUUGGAUGGUUGCAUGUAAUUCAUCCGAUCAUGUGUUGGUGAACAGGGAUAUUUGGGUGAGUCGGAGAAUUCGGCUCUGCACGUGCAAUUGCUCUCUAAGAAAAAGCGAUUUCCUAAAAAUUUUGCGAGAUUUUUCAGCUGAUAAGCAGACACCAGAUCGCGUACCAGAGAAUUGGCUACCUGAGGACUGGAGACUAUUCACGACUGAAGUCAGCAAAGCCCUAAAUCACUACUAUGAAAGCGAAUACUGCCAGAGACCACCGACCAAUUUCGAGGAGUAGAAGCUUCGACCUAACUUCGCGGAAUAGAAGCUUCCAGUAUGACAUAGUUCUUCAACUGUACCCUAUCGCUGGAUUCAAUUUCUGAAAUUAUGAUUGUAAAUGACGCAGUCGCAGUCGCACCAGGGGCAGGCUGUAUCUCUAAUAAAAAUUAUCUAGUGUGAAUGUGAUUGCUAAUGAAGCUAAUUUUCUCAUGACCAGUUAGUUUUGAUCCCGAGUCGAUUAGUCUCCCAUUCCCGCUGUCACCGCAUCCGUUUCUGGGGUACAUCAAAAUAAAAAGAUUAAAAUGAAUGUCUAUCUAAGGUCUCUUCAAUACAGUAUUACAAAUAUAUAAUGUGUUUUUCCUGUCCUUUUUGUAAAAUCCGGAAAGUUGUAGCAUGCUUCGCUUUCAGAAUCAGUUCCUGCAUCGGAAACGUCCGAUAACCUAUUCCUACUCACGAAGGAUUUUUUAGAAUUCGCAAGAAGACGCAUACACAAGCGCAU